AUGGGUUUUGGGAUAUUGCGUCAAGUGCGUUCGGUGAAGAAUACGAACUGUUGGCUUGCGAAAAGAUUCGAAACCUACUUCAAUGCAUGUGAAGGGUUUACGAGAGUCAAAUACGAGGAUACCACUCCAGCUUAUAGCGUCGGAUGGAAGAAGGCGAUUGAGGUUGGACGCGCUAAGCCAGCAUAUAUCUACCAUUCUGCUGAGCAGCUUCAA